GCGGGGCGAGGGGCGGAGACGGCGCGGCCGCCGCCUUUAUCUGUGGUGGCGGCACGGGGGGUGGCCCUGGGGAACACCUUGUUUUAAGAUGGGCGUUAUAAAUACGGCGCUGGGGAUGGGAGCGCAGCCACGGGCGGCAGCGAACUGACGGCGCGGCCGAGAGCGGCUCCUUACCACGCAGAUCUCUGCUCGCCAGCAGCCGCCGAGCCAACCCUAGCCAGCGGAGGAGGGCGGACAGUGCCGGUAGCGAGGAGGUCGCCGCUGGAGGAGCCUUGAGGUCCGAGCUGCCUGGCCUGGCCUCGUGUCGCUCGUCCUCCGGCUCGACCACCGUCAUGAUGCAGAUUUGCGACUCGUACAGUCAGAAGUACUCCCUCUUCAACGCCAUGAACCGCUUCAUCGGUGCCGUCAACAACAUGGACCAGACGGUGAUGGUGCCCAGCCUGCUGCGCGACGUGCCGCUGCUGCUGGAGGAGUUGGACGCGGCGGGCGCCGUCUGCCCGCCGCGGGAGGCCGCCCUGCCCACCGGGGACCCCGGCGCCUAUUUCUCCCGCAGGGACAUGUACAGCCAUUACAUGCUGCUCAAAUCCAUCCGCAACGACAUCGAGUGGGGCGUGGUGCAGCCGCCGGCCGGCGAGGAGGCGGCCCGCAAGAAGGACAAGCUGGGCGGCGGCGGGCCCGCCGAGGAGGGUGAGGGGGAGGAGGACCUGGAGCAGCAGUUCCAUUACCACCUCAGCGGACUCCACUCUGUCCUCUCCAAGCUCACCCGCAAGGCCAACGUCCUCACCAACAGAUACAAGCAGGAGAUCGGCUUCAGCAGCUGGGGACAGUGAGUGCCGGCGGGGAGCGGGGGAAGGCGGCGACCGGACCACCGGCACCGGGUACGUCGCUAUCCGGCGCCGCUGCUGCCGCCGCCGGCGCCGUAGCGGGUGGUGCCCCGGGGCUGACGCUUCCCAGGACUGCAGCCGGUUUUCUAUCAACGCACAAGCCAGAGAGAGAGAUGUAAAUUAAUCAGUACUAGUUUAUUAAUUACCCCCCACCCCCCCCGUCCUUGUUUUUUAUUGUACGGUCUGGGGCGAGCGGGUGCCGCUCCUCUCCGGGAGGGGUGGCUGCACCCGUACAUGUACGAGGCAGUGGCGUAGCUGGCGGAUAGGAGGCUCGGAUGCAAGCCGAUGAAUAUGACAAAACUGGCAUAAAAUUGCUUCUGCUAUCCGGGAGGGAACCAGGUGGGCUGAGGAGCAUCCCUCUGUAGCGGGAUGGAUGGCGGGUCACACGGUUGUACAUGUGCUGGAGCUUAUUUAAUACUUUUUUACUCAGAUGUAGAGUAUAUUCUAAAAUAAAUGCAAAUGUAUUAACUGAAAGUGACUUAAACUUUUUGGUAUGAUUUAUGUUUGCUUCAUUAAAUGAUAUUUUUAACGUCUGGAAUUCUUCUUUUUCUGAAUUACUUCCAGAGCUGCCUUACGAGACACAGAAAUAUGUGCAUGUGCAAGAGAGAGGGUUUUGUGGCUUUUUUUUGUUUCCCAAAGGGAGUGAUUACGUAGUGAUGGUAACUCCACAUAUCUAAAAUGGAUGAAUGACCAUAUGAGCUGCACCGUACAUGGCCUGAGUUCUGGUAAGCUGUUCCCAGCUGGACUGUCCAGUUGCUCUGCAUUAAUGCUGGCAUGAAGGUCAGUGCCCCUUUAACAAAAUCCGAGAAGAUCAAGUAUGGUUGUUCUGCGGGCAGCGAUUCAUGGAGGUUGGAGCAAAGCCGAGGAAUGACUCUUGCUUUUUUCAGGAAGUAUCUUAAUGUGUCGUGGGGAGGUCUUUUAUCUCCUUCUGAAUAGGUCUAGGAUACUUGCCUCCCCCACCUCUUGAAUGUCUUUCCUCUUAUAAUCCUCCAUGGAUACUAGAGAUUAAUAGGGUUUAUAUUACCCAAAUUUUAUUCAGUUCUUUUUCUCUGCUUUUUUUUUAUUUGCUGAAGUAAUGUGCCUCAAAAUUGGGUGUUUCUAUCAUGUUGAAAUACUAAAUGUGUACUUGCUGAUGACAACAGAAUGUGUGCAUAUCACAGAGCAUAACCAUUUAAUAAACAUAUAUGGCCUUCCAUAA